GGUGCUUGGGCAGGCACGGCAGCCCAGCUCGGAGGCAGCAUGGGCCGCUGCGGCCUGGAGCGGCGGGUAGUGAAAUCAAACGAAGCUCAUGCUUCCGAUCCUCACAUGUAACUUGGCCGCGGUGGUAUAGCCAGAAUGAAAAGAAAUCAAACGAGCCCCCCCCAAUCAAGCAGUCCUGCCUAACUCUGGAACAGAAACUUGUGGGCCACGUGCUGAACGAGUCACCUCUCGCAGUCAGUCGGACUCGGGCGGCAGGUUCCUACUAGGAUCCCUGCGGGGUAGUCAUAAAUACCGAGAUCACGGAGGGUGUAUCUGCCAAACCGCCGACGAAUCCCACUCCCCCCUUCUCCUUCCGCCUCGAGACCCCCGUCUCCUCCUCGCUUUGCCCCCCGCGAAGCAAUUCUAAAUCCCCGCGCGGAGGAUCGGAUCCUCCGCGGGAUCCGCAUCGGUGCUUGCCCUUCCUGCGCGGAUUUCCGGCAGCCUUUUCCUCCCCAGCCCUGAUUUCCCCCGCCGAUUCCCUGCUCCUGCCGCGGCGGUUGUUCCUGCAGCCUGGGGGAUCUUUGGUGGAGAAGGGGUUGGUGGGGGUUGGUUAGGCGGCGCCCGCGAUCCGGCCAGGGGGGAUGGCCGGCGGGAAGGAGCCGAUCGAGGUGAAGUUCCGGCUCUUCGACGGCACCGACAUCGGGCCCAGCAAGUACGACCCCAGCACCACCGUCGCCGCGCUCAAGGAGUUCGUCCUCGCCCGGUGGCCGCAGGAUAAAGAAAUAGUUCCAAAAACUGUCAAUGAUGUGAAGCUCAUCAACGCUGGAAGGAUACUGGAGAAUAGCAAAACUCUUGCUGAGUCACGAGUCCCAGUUGGAGAAGUUCCUGGAAGUGUGAUUACAAUGCAUGUUGUUGUGCGGCCUCCCCAAUCAAACAAAAGUGAGAAGCAACAGUCAAACUCUCCGAAGCAGAACAGAUGUGGAUGUACGAUAUUGUGACGUUAAUACAGUAGCAAUGUGUAUAUCGGUGUCGUGUCCACAGGGAUCACAAGUUCAUUUUGCCAAUUGAUUCUUGCAUCUAUUCUUCACAGCCUAAGCCUAGAUAUGUCAUGACCACUAGCCACAUCUGCUUGAGAAUUUGAUGCUUGCUAUCGUGUAAAAGGAGGGUGGUGGAAGGAGAUUUCUCGGGGGGUCCCGGUAAAAACCCUAAAAGGAGUGUGCAGGAGUCAAGAAAAUUGGAUGUUUGCUUUUGUGUAAUGUGUAGACGUAGUGAUACCAAAAGUGAGUUGCUGCAUAGUACCUGUCAAGACGUUCUUUUUCGUUUGCGUCAAGCUUGGUCACAUAUGUGUUUUGUAAUAGAAAAAAGUGACCGGUAAUUCUUGUCGAGAAGUGGAAAGGAAUGUUGGGGUUUUCCGGUUUGGCAUGGGACUGGUGAAGCUGAAAAAUUACUGGUAAUAUUUGUGAAGUGGGAUGGAAUGCAUUGGUUUUGAAUC